AUUUAUUCAAAAAUACAUCAUGAGUGAAACUGGUAACAAAACUCCUGAAUCUUAUGGUGUCAUCCAGAAAGAACCUGUUACAAACGAAGUACCUGCUGAAGCUGAUGGUGAAGUAGACAAGGAAUUGGAAGCCAUGAAGGCUCGUGUUCAAGAAAUGGAAUCAGAAGCUGCCAAAUUACGCGAUAUGCAAGCUGAAGUAGAAAAAUCCAUGUAUCCUGUAGAAGAAGAUAAAGAAGCUGUUGACGCUCGAUCUGUUUAUGUUGGUCAAGUAGAUUAUGGUGCAUCACCUGAAGAACUUCAAGCUCAUUUUCAAUCUUGUGGUACUAUCAAUCGUGUUACUAUUCUUUGUGAUAAAUUUACUGGUCAUCCCAAAGGAUAUGCUUAUGUGGAAUUUGCUGAACCAUCCUUUGUGAGUAAUGCUGUUGCUUUGAAUGAAAGUCUUUUCCGUGGACGCUUAUUGAAGGUCACUCCUAAACGAACCAAUGUUCCAGGUUUUGCUUCAAGAGGUCGUGGUCGUGGUCGUGGAGGAUUCCGUGGUGGUUAUGCUCCUCCUCCUUAUUAUGGUCAUUCUCCUGGUUAUGGUUAUCGUGGAAGGGGAAGAGGACGCGGCAUGCAUUAUGCUCCAUAUUAGAAAAGACAAGCCUGACAAAAGAGGAUGGAUGAAAGGAAUAAAAAAAAGGAUGAACAAGCCGAAUCGAAAACAUGAAAAAAAUGACCUUUGGAUUAUCUCUAGCGCCCUUAAUUAUAGUUUGAUUUUACGUUGUUUUUUUUUUAUAUAUCGCCCUCUUUGUGUAAAUAAAAAAUAUAUAUUUGAUCCAUUUUGCUGGAUGAUCUGA